CCUGCCCCCUUUUGCCGGCCCGGGGAUGGAGCGAGGCGGGGAGAGGACGCGGGGUGAUAUCCUCGGGGUCUGCCUGGUCCCCCCCGUGCUGCUGCUGCUGCCGCUGCUGCUGCAGCUGGUGGGGGGAGCCCCCCUGGGCCAGGGGCUGUACCCCAUGCCAGCCGGCGUCCUGCAAGCGCUGUCAAGCCGGGGGACGCUGGUGCUGGAGGCAGCGCUGAGGAGUGCACUGCUGGCGCUGGAGCGGGCGCUGGCCGAGCAGCAGCGGCAGUGGGGUGCCUGCGGGCUCUGUGCCCCCUGCCUCUUCCCCCCCUGCGCCAACCUCACCCGCCACUGCCCACCGCCGGCCAUGCCCCCCGCCGUGCCCCCCAGCUGCCAAGCCCUGAUGGAUGCCCAGGCGCUGCCCGAGCUGCCCCAGCGCAACUGGGCACUGAGCCAGGCCUGUGCCCCCUACCAGCACCUGUGCCCCCCCGAGGUGGCCCAGCAUGCCUGCACCCCGCUCAGUGCCCGGCUCUGCCGCCACCGCCUCCAGGAGUGCCGGAUGGCAGCUGCAGCCCUGGGCCCUGAUGCACCAUCAGAGGUGGAGACGCCAGGUAGCUGCGGGCGCCGCAGGGACUCCCAAGCCAACGUCACAGCCCCCCGAGGACGGAUCAUGGGUGGCAGCGUGGCCCCACGGGGAGCCUGGCCCUGGCUGGUGUCAGUGCGGCUCCACGGGGAGCUGAUGUGCGGAGGGGUGCUGGUUGGACGCUCCUGGGUCCUCACUGCAGCCCACUGCUUUGCUGGGAACCGGAAUGAGCUGGCAUGGACGGUGGUCGUGGGUGACCACGAACUGGGCAAGCCGGAUGUGGGCGAGCGGGCAGUGCCGGUUCGGCGCAUCCUGCCUCACCCCAAGUUUAACCCCAAGACGUUUCAUGGGGACCUGGCGCUGCUGGAGCUGGCAGUGCCGCUGGCCCCGUCGCCCACCAUCAGCCCCGUGUGCCUUCCCAGCGGCCCUGCGGAGCCCAGCCCCGGCACCGCCUGCUACAUCGCAGGCUGGGGCUCCCUCUACGAAGAGGGGCCGGCGGCUGAUGUGGUGAUGGAAGCGCGGGUGCCCCUGCUGAGCCAGGAGACAUGCCGGGGUGCCCUGGGCAGGGACCUGCUCACCAACGCCAUGUUCUGUGCUGGGUACUUGUCCGGGGGCAUCGACUCCUGCCAGGGUGACUCGGGGGGCCCGCUGGCGUGCCAGGACCCCUCCUCGCACCGCUUCGUCCUCUACGGUAUCACCUCGUGGGGCGACGGCUGCGGUGAGCAGGGCAAACCAGGCGUCUACACCCGCGUCACUGCCUUCGCGGACUGGCUCAGCCUCCAGAUGGACUCCGCCUCCGGCAGCCAGGAACCAAGCUGCUUCGACUUGCUGGCGCUGGCCCAGCUGCCCCCCGAGCAGCAGCCACCUGAGCGCACCCGCCUCUGCGCUUUCUACGCCAGGUCCUGCCGGGCCCCCCAGGGCCGGGCUGCCUGUGCCCGCCUGGCCGAGGAGACCUGCCGUGCCAGGACGAGACGAUGCGAGCUGCACUCCUACGCCCAGACCUUGGUGGAUCUCCUGCGCAGGGCUGGGGACUUCAUCCGAAACCAGUUCGACUUCUCCUUCCUCACUCACACCCUGCCUCAGCUCCUGGGCAAGAUCUAUGGGCACCUCUUCCCCCACCGUGUCCGCAGGGAUGCCACAGGUCUGGCUGUGGCAAGGGGCCAGACCAGCCCCACAGCAGAGGGACCCCAGACCCCCCCCACCAGGCAGGGGGCCAGGCUGCUGCCCCCCUUCGCCGGGCUCUUCAGGGCUGUGGGGCCCCGGCUGCAGGACUGGGUGGAGGCGCUGAGGGCCAUGGCGGGGGGCAGCCCCCCAGCACCCAACCUGGAUGGGGGGCAGCUCCCUGGAGAGAUGUGGCUCUUCUUGCAGGGCGAGGAGGUGGUGGAGGAGCUGGUGGGACAAGGACGAGCCUUCCUUGCCCAGCUGAGGGCAGAGCUGGACCUCAGUAUCCCUCUUGAAGCCACAGAGCCACGACGGGCACCCGGAGACCUGGUGGGGACCCCUGCACCGAGCCGGUCUGCGCCGAGGGAGAAACGUGAGCUGGUGCCCACGGAGCUGCCAGGGGUGGAGGAGGAGGAAGAGGAGGCAGGCGUGGGCAGAGCCUGCCCUGGCCUCAACGAGUCGGCGGUGCGGGUGGGUGCGGUGCGGGAGCUGUACGCCUGGGUGCUGCGGGUGCCUGAGCCAGACCUGGCCAUGACCUUCCAGGAGAUCCUGGUGGACUUGGGCUCCAAAAACACCAAGGGACUGUACCGGGCGCAGGUGCGGGCCACGGUGGGUGGCCGCCCCAUGGCCUUUGCUGGCCUCGUGGGGCUGGAGAGCGACUCGCUGGCCCGCAGCAUGCCCGGCCUCAUUGCUCUGGCACUUGAGGUGCUGAAAACCUAACGGUGCCCCUGGGGCACCAUGCCAGCAUGGGGACGGGGUGCUGGAGCAGGGGCCUCUCAUGUCCUUCGAACACAACCCCCAACCUGGCUCAGGCUUUUCCACCCUUUUGUCCCCCAUUGUGCCUCAGUUUCCCUCUUCCCACCAGCACUGCCUGACCUCCCGGGGGCAAUGGGGUGCCGGGGGGCACCUGGAGCAUCUCAGCGGAGGAUCGCAGCCCUCCUCUCCCCUGGUACCCCCACCUCAGUAAGCCCACCUCCACCCUGUUUUCCCCAGAGGCACCCGGG